CACUGGAAGAAGGGAGUGGAAGGGGACAAGUCCAUCAUGAUGAACUGCAGAACGAUAUUAAUCGCCGGACUCGUGGUGCUCGCAGUGACAGGCGGGGGUCACGCUCAGUCCUUCGGCGACAAACUGGACAGCUUCAAGGACCAAGUCGGAGGAUUUUUCUCGAACGCCGGCGGGGAGAUAAAGGGAUUCUUCGAGGACGUCGCCGAAAAGUCUAAAGCCUUCAAGAAUGACCUGAUGGAGAAGAUAAAGGCGAAUCUCCCUGACAAGAUCAAGCAGAUGCUCAACUCAGGGAACUACUCGGACAUAAAUGUGGAGGAGUUCCUGGCCGACACGCCGCCCCGGGCCUGGCACGGGCUCAAGCUCGAGCAACUGCCUACGAUGGGCAAGGAGAAAAUGACGGCGCUGUUGCAGAGCGGCAAGGGCAAGAUCCCGAAGCGCGUGUAUGAUCAGCUGCAGGAAAUGAACACCGCUGUCUUCACCACCCCGGCGGAGGCAUUAACCCAGCUGAAAGAGAAGCUACAGACAUGCAAGAACGUCUUUGCUGAGAUGGCUGGAGCGCAGGCGAUGACGCAAGGCGGCGAAGGGACGGGCGCUGGACAAGGGACCUGCCAGGACAACCGCCGGAACCUGCAAAUUUUACAGAGGACUUUGGGGAAACCAAACAUGUGGACGAAGGCUAACGUGACCGAAAUGGGAACACUGGUUCUUGCUUUCCCGCCGAAAGUGAUUGAGAUGGUCAAAAACGCCACGGUCCUCACUGAGAUCGAGCGGAUUCUCCAAACGUGCACGGUGUCCCGCCCGCCCGCCGAGUGUCCUCCCCAGGGGCUGGUGAACCGGAUGCAGGGGGUCCUCUCUCGCCAGAAGUACGGCCGCCCCUCGCAGUGGACGGCCGCCAACAUCACCAGCAUGGGCGGCAUCGAAAAGAUCCCUCGCAAAGUUAUUCCAGCUCUGCCGGACGCGACUCUGACGGCCAUCAAGGCAGACCUUAUCAAGCUGAACGUGAAGGGCCGAGAGGGCUGGAUGGUGACGCAGGCGCUCGCAAAGGCCGAGAAGGUUAUGGACAUGACAGCUGCUGAUACCAAGACGUGGAUCGACGGCCUGGGGACACUGAAGCCCUUCGUCACGCGGGGAGACGUGUCCGCCGCCGCCGCAGAGGACCCCAAUAUCAAAACCAUUCUCCUCGAUAACGCGAAGGCCAACGCGAUGGAUAUGCCCGCUCGCGCGGCAAAGCAGACGCUGAGGGCUGAAUUGAAGGGCAAGGCUGUUGCAAACAUUACAGAGCAAGAUAUCAGUAGUAUAGGAGGAGCCCUGAUCGUGCAGGCGCCGCCGAACGUGGUCCAGCAGCUGGCCAAGAAGGGCGUGCUGAAGGGGGAUCAGCUCCAGCAGGCGGCGGAGGCGCUCUUCACCGCGGAAGGGCCGGGCUUCCAGGGCAAGGCACGCGAGCUAAUGAAAGCUUUGCUAGAUGCCAACAGCAACAACGUGGCGAGUCUCCCCCAGAGUGUGUACCCCUUGCUGGACGGGGCGCAACUGGAGGGGCAGGAUAAAGCGGUGUUGGAAAAGCUCUUGACUGAGGCCAAGAAGCAGGACGUCCAACUCACAGCUGACCAGGCGGCGGUGUUCCCAAUUCAGUUCGUGCCAGGAGACAUGCUGAAUAUGCCGGCGACGGUGAAAUCCGGUGUUUCGACCAAAGCGUUGGGCGGCCUUUCAACGGCCAACCUCAAGGAUUUCACGAAGGACCUUCCUCCUUCUGCUCCUGCGAGUCUGAUGGCGGCCAAGACGGCGUGGGCAGGGAAAACGAAGAUCACCGCUAACGACGUGAAAACCAACAUGGACCUCCUGAACCUCCUGCCUCCUUCCGCUGCCAUGAAGGUCGAGCCAGCUGACGUCACGGAAGUGCUGGAGACGAUGGCGUCAGCGCCCCGUCAGCCUUCCAUGACCGUGUGCCGUGUCAUGAAGGACAAACUGAUGGAAGUCCUCAAAAACAACACAGGCGUAGACAAACCGGAUGAGGCUGCGCUGAUACUUACUCCCACGGAGGUCGAGAACACUCCACCCUGCGUCCUGGCAGCUCUUGGACCGGAGGCGUUGGAUAAGAUGCCCCCUGAGCAGAUGGGAAUGAUUAUGUCGCGGAUGGUUGCACGCAAGAAUACCAUGAGCAUGACCAAAGCUACCAGACAGAAAAUCCUCGACCGUGGGCUGGGAGACAAGCCCCAGCUGGAAAUGGGCGAUAUAGAGAUGCUGGGAGAGGCAGCUUUGGACCUACCGGCUGGCCGCAUCAGGAGCCUGUCGAAAAGCGGGGCCGAGGUGUUGAUUAACAUUGCCAAUAAUGCCUUCAGCUCUGGAAUGACACCCUGCCUGUCAAGUGAAGAAAGGAGCGCUAUGGCCGAUGCUGUCAAGAAAGUUAAAGGAGAGUUCCGGGACUGGCAAGACGCGAAGGAUGUGUGCUGCCUGAUGAUGUUCCUCGAAAGCUCGCAGUUCAACAUGAUCCCCUCCGACGUGGCUAGCUCCUGCACCUGCCCCCCUCCUCCCCCGGGCACCAAGGACGUGGUCGACUCCCUCGAGAGCAUGUGCGUUUCGGAAAUGGGCAAGAGCGCAGUCGAAGAAAGCAUGAAAGCGGCAGAAGAGCUGGAGGAGAGGCAGAUCAUGGCAGGGCUCAAGAACCUCGGAGACUUCAGCACGACGGCGCGCAGGAGGAGAAGAUCCACCGGCAUCACCGCGUGCGACAGAGCGGCCGUUGGCGGGGCCUCUGUCCUGACCGCCUCCGAGAUCCAGGCCAUGCCCGCCGCGGACGUCGUGGGCUGCCUGUCCGACCUGACGCAGAUGGAGAUGGAGUCUGAUAAGGCGAAGGCAGUCAUCGCGAAGGUGAAGGAGUUGCGAGGGAGCCUGGCGGCCCUGCAGAAGGAGGACUUGCUGCGGCUGGACUGGGCCUUCAAGGGUCUGAUGGCGAGCGAGGCCAAUGAGCUGCCGGCCCUCUCUGACACCAUGGUGUUGACCAAUCUCGGAAAGUAUUGGGAUAUGGAGGUAGACACGUUGAAAGCCUUGGCGGCCAAAGUGGUCAAGGAUUUCAAGGCUCCAGCUGGUAUGAACGGAGAGGAGUUGGCGAAGGUGAACCAGCUGGUGUGUGGCUUCACGAAAGAGCAGGCCGACAGCAUAACAACAGAGGCAUUUAGUUCCGCGGUGGUGACUCUUCGCCAGCUGGAUGACUGCCCUGACGAGAUCAUAAGAGCUCUGGCGGCGAAGGCGAAGACCAGCUACGGCGCCUUCAGCACUUGGGACGCCGCCAAGUUGAGCGAAAUGGGAAAACUGGUUGGAGGACUGAAUCCUGAGGAUCUCAAGGGCAUCCCAGCAGAAGCCUUUGCAGGACUCACCCCUGAGGGCAUGCAAUCCAUCUCUCCUGAAGCUGUGGGGGUCCUGGAAGUGAAGCAGCUCAACAACCUCGAUACACUGACGGCCAUGGCGAUCACAGACGAGCAAAAAGCAAAAUUCACCGGCGAAAUGAAAGAGGCGCUGGAAUAUUUGCUUCCGAAAAGGAGGAACGGGGCAAUGGAAACUGCUGUGAUGUCCCUGUCAACGCUGCUUCUCCUGGUCUCGCUGAACUUCCUGUUGUAGAUGACGAUUCUCGAGAAGUUAUCUCUACCCCCCCUUCGUCCACAGCCAUCAUUGUCAGCGUUUACAUGUCAUCGGCACCUGACUCCAUUGCGGAAACUUAUCACGAACACUAGAUUAUUCUCUUCUCUUAUCCUAACAACCGCUUGGAUUCCCACUUACCCAAAUCACGUUAUCCCGCCGCAAAAUGAGUCGAGUGAUCCAGCAGCAACAGAAAUCGUGCAAGCGUGGCAUCGAGACUCAUCCGAACAAUGCCAGUUUGUGGAGAAUGUUCAGUCUGUGCGACAUAGUGUGCUGGAGAAAACAACCGAUACCAACAAGUGAUUAACUUUGUCGUUUCCAAACCAACAGUCGAAAUUGCCGACACCUUGAGUUUGGAUUACAUAGCCGACAACCUUGAUGUACAAUAUAUCCAAAAGUAGCAAUGGCCAAGAAUAGGGGAGGGAACAAGUCAUCCAUUGUACUUGGCUUCACCAUUUCACCGUCCACAUUCUCAGGCGGAACAAUCAACACACCUGAUUGUGCCUUAUUUUUUUUUUUUUUCAGUGCGAAAAACAAAAAAAUGGUUCUAUUUAUGACUGCACGUCUCUCUUUUUGUGGCUGAGUGUGCCUCAAUGUGUGUAUGUAGUUAAAAUACUCGUAUGGCUUAUUGGUCUAUAGCUCUUCAGUAUUUUAGAUUACGAUGUUUAUUUGAUUAAGUUUAGAAGUAAAUGCUGCAAAGAAAAACACCAAAGAAUAGUAUUUAUUAAAGUUAAAAUAUUAA